AUGGAGGAGGAAAGAACUUGCCGUACCAUGCAUGGAAGCAAUGAAGCUGAUAAUACCAUGAAAUUGCUUAGAGACAAGCCUCCAGCGCACUACAUAUUGCAGAUUGACUCAUUCUCCUUGCUUCUUAAAAUUCUAGAAAAAUCAGACGCAAAGAGUUAUGAUUCAAUGACUUUUGAAGCCUGUGGUUAUAAAUGGAAGCUUUCCCUCUACCCCAAUGGUGACCAAAAAAGAAAUGCAAAAGGAUUCAUAUCCCUUUACUUGAGAAUCGAAGAGACUAAUGCUCUGCCUGUUGGGUGGGAGAUCAAUCUGAACUGUACAUUUUUUGUGCUUGAUCAGAUUCAAGAGAAGUACUUAACUAUCCAAGAUGUCUGUGGGAAGUUCAGACACUUGUAUGCGCUGAAGAAAGACACUGGACUUUCUCGACUAAUGCAACUUGAUGUUUUCAAAGAUGAAGAAAAUGGAUACCUUAUUCAGGACAAAUGUGUUUUUGGAGUGGAAGUUUCCGUUAACAGUUAUAAGGGUAGAGGAGAGUGUCUAGCUAUGCCUGUGAAACCUAGCAGCGCAACUUACACUUGGAAAACAGUUGACUCUUGUAAGAGUAACGAGAUGAGACUCUCUGACGUUUUUACUCGGCAGGGUUUCGAGUGGGACAUUAAUCAGUUGGCUAAGAAAUGUUGUGGCUUCUUUAUUUAUCUCAGGAGACUAAAGCUUUUUCCCAGAGGAACAGAAGCUAACAAAGGCAAAAAUCUUUCACUCUAUCUAGAAUCACUCGACUCCAAAACUACCCUUAUCGUGUAUGCAGAAUUCAAGCUACGCGUAAAACACCAACUGAAUGGCGAGGAUAUUGAGAAAACAGCGGAGCACUUGUUCACUGGUUUAGAAGGCGGCUGGGGUUUUGGUGCCUUCCAAUCAUUGAAUGAUAUUGCGGAUACUUCUAAAGGCUUCCUCGUGAAUGGCACUUUGAUCGUCGAAGUGGAAUUUGUUCGCAUUUCAUCCGUGAAAAGUUUCACUGAAGGGUGCGGAAAUUAG